UUAAAUCAAAAUUUGAUCUGAAUACUAUAUUUGGUAAGAAAAUAGGUAUUUUAGUCACAGGUAAAAACAACUUGAGGUUUUAUUUUAGGGUUCCUCCUACAUUUGAAAGAAAAAGAAUGAUUAGAAAUUAGACCGUUAAAUAGUUUAUUAUUAUUAUUAUUAUUGUUUGUUUGUUUCCAUGGCGACAAAUUAGGCAGAUUGAUGUAAUGUGUGUGUUUUCUUCUCACCCCCACCUCUUCUAGGCUUUUGUAGAUUUCUUCUCUCAGUGCCUCCAUAUGGAGUAUAAGAGCAAGGGCAUCUUUGUGCAGAGUGUCUUGCCAUUCUUCGUAGCUACAAAACUGGCUAAAAUCCGAAAGCCAACUUUGGAUAAGCCCUCUUCGGAGACAUAUGUGAAGUCUGCAAUGAAAACAAUAGGCUUGCAGUCCCGAACCAGUGGAUACCUGAUCCAUUCUCUCAUGGCCUCAAUAAUCUCAUCCCUGCCUUCUUGGAUUUACUUGAAAAUGGCCAUGAAUUUGAACAAGUCUACGCGGGCUCGCUAUAUGAAGAAAACCAAGAAGAAUUAAGCACUGAUGACUGCAUUGAGUACCUUCACCAGAUGCCCUAGCCUCUGCAUGUGCACCGCAAGGCACUCUCUUGCCUCCUAACCCUUCAGUUGUCCUUUUGAUUGUUACUAACAUGGCUAAAUGUUGCAUAAUUGGGAGGAAAGUUAAGUUGUUCUUAGGAUACUACCAGGAGUUAUUCUGAAGUUUAAUAUAAAUGCUCAUAUCAAAUGGAUAUCAAAUUAAUAUUAGCCAGAACAGCUUAAUGGGAAGGGAUACAAGUACAGCAAAUCACAGAAUCAUAGUGUCAGACAAAACUCAACUCUUGCACCUGGUUCAAAAUGCCAGUGAUCAUUAUCCUUCUAGUUUCUCUGAAACAGACUUUAAAAAGUAAUGACUAGCUACUCUCUUUUGUUUCUAACACUUUGAGGGAAGGGAGAUUAGUUGGUAUUAUUUAUGGGAGGACAUACUGCAAUUUACAUAGAUCUCUGUAAGGUCUUCUAAAAGUAUGUUCCAGUCUGUUCAUUUACAUGAAAGAAUAAUUUCUCAAAGGUAGCUAAUGGCAUGAAAAUAAUUCAUGAAAUAAUGGAGUUGUUUCUGACACAUGAAACCCACUAAUAUAUGCUUUCCCCUAACGCAUAUUUCUUUUCAGUUUAAAUGUGUCUAAAUACUGAAAGCUAUAUGGUAUGAUUUAUGAAGGUAAAUGGACCAAAAUGUACUUUGAGACUGGCAGCCACCUAUGGUGCCACUGACCCAGGAAAGCCCGGGCCCUCACUGCUAGCGCUCACAUGUGUGAAAACAGGCUACUCCUCUAACAAUAUCACAGAACUGGUAUUACACUUUUUAAAUCAGUACCCUAUAGGUACUGAUAUAAUUAGUUUUAAUAAAAGAUGAUAUAACCACGGUGUUGAUUGAAAAUACGUUUUUUGGUGCUUGAAAUUAAGGCCAUGUUUAGAUUGACCUGAAAUAAAGACUUAAUUUGUAUCCUGCUACAAAACUUUAAUGGAGAAUUCACUAAGAACUAAUCCAAGAUUGUGAAACUUGUAACACAAACCCUUACCUAGGCUGUGUAAGAGAUUUUAGCACCCAAAAUGUAGGAAGAACAUAAUUUCAGAAUAAAGGAUAAUCAUUUAA